AUGUCGCGUAACCGCUCCGGCGGGCCUUCUGGCCCAUCUGGACCGGGGACACCGACCGCCGAGCCGGAGGAGAAUAGCGCGACCGUGUGCACCAACUGCCAGACGACCAACACGCCGCUCUGGCGCCGCGACCCUGAGGGGCAGCCGCUGUGCAACGCCUGUGGCCUGUUCUUCAAGCUGCAUGGUGUUGUGCGCCCGCUCUCUCUCAAGACAGAUGUCAUUAAGAAACGGUGA